UCAGUUCACUUGCAACGAUCGAGGAGAAAGCAUCAAUCAUGUCCAAAGGAUCGGUUCUGCCGCAAUAUAUUGCUGGGCUGUCGGCCAGCUUCGGUGCCCUUUGCAUGGGCGCCAGCAUCGGUUGGUCCUCACCAGUGGAGUCGAUGAUAACGCAGAGCUAUGACUACGGCUUCACGAUCACAUCCAGCCAGUUUGGCUGGAUAUCCUCGCUGCUGACACUGGGCGCCACAGUGAUCUGCAUACCAAUCGGUUUUUCCAUCGACUGGAUUGGACGCAGACCCACUAUGUUGGCACUGAUUCCGCCCUAUAUGGUCGGCUGGGUCCUGAUGAUCUGGGCAAAUAACGUGGCCAUGCUGUACUGCGGACGCUUCAUCCUGGGCAUGUGUGGCGGGGCCUUUUGUGUCACUGCGCCUAUGUACUGUACGGAAAUCAGCCAGACGGCUCUUAGAGGUACCAUCGGCGCCUUCUUCCAGCUGCUAAUCGUGUCGGGAGUGUUCUAUGGUUAUUUGGUGGGAGCCUUCUUACCCCUGUUAACCAUUAACAUCCUGUGCGCCAUCUUGCCCCUGAUCUUUGCCCUCGUGCACUUCUUUAUGCCGGAGUCACCGGUUUACUUGGCCAUCAAGGGACGAAAUGAGGAUGCUGCCGCCGCUCUGCAGUGGCUCCGCGGCAAGGAUGCCGACAUCGAUGACGAGUUCAAGGAGAUUAUGGAGGAGACCCAGAGGCAGAAUGACCAACCCAAGACCAAUAUCCUAGUGGCCCUGCGUCGCCCUAUUGUCUUGAAGGGUCUCGGCAUUGCUGUGCUGCUGCAGGUGUUCCAACAGUGGACGGGAAUCAACGCCAUCCUGUUCUACUCCAGCUCAAUUUUCGAGGACACAGGCUCUGGUAUAUCCGGCAGCUUGGCCUCGAUCAUUAUCGGAGUCACCCAGGUUCUCAGCACGCUGGUUGGAGUGCUUAUUAUCGACAAGGCUGGCCGGCGGAUUCUGCUCCUGGUCUCCGGUCUCCUGAUGGCCGUGACCACUGCCCUCAUGGGCGUAUACUUCCAGCUAAAGGAGAGCAGUCCGGGAUCAAUGGACAACUUUGGGUGGCUGCCCAUCUCUAGUAUCUGCAUCUUCAUUGUGUUCUUCUCAAUCGGAUUCGGGCCAGUGCCGUGGCUGGUCAUGGCCGAGCUCUUUUCGGAGGAUGUGAAGAGUGUGGCUGGAUCGAUUGCCGGCACCAGCAACUGGCUGUCGGCCUUCAUGGUCACGCUGCUCUUCCCGAUCCUCAAGGAGGGGAUUGGCCCAGGGCCCACCUUCUGGAUCUUCACCGUGAUCGCUGUGCUCUCCUUCCUCUACUCGCUGUUCUUCGUGCCGGAGACCAAGGGCAAGACGAUAAUCGAGAUCCAGCACAUACUCUCCGGCGGCAAGAUGCCGAAGACAGAAGACGAGACUGUCAAGACGUGAGGCUGCUUAGGCGCUAGGAUACUAUUUUUCAUGUUAUCUCUUUAAGCCAAUAGGGAAAUGUUAUGUGUAAGAUGUGACGAUCCUGAUCAAUAAAGUUAAAUAUAUAUAUUCAACACAAAA